CGCUGACAACAACCCUAGUUUGUUUAGUAGUUGCUGCUGGUUGUUAGGUCGGUUCUUUUUAUUUAUUACAAAUCAGUUUCCACUGUUUAGUUACAAGUUUAAACAGCAGGCAGCCACAACGCGCUUGAGUCGCAACUAUAGUCGCCCUCUUUAAUCUAAACAUAUUAAUUGUGGCCAUAGGCCAAGCAAACAGCAUUCUAUAAAGCAUCAACAUCGAAAGUGAAACCGUGAGAAACGACAGCUGCUGCUGCGUGUGUUGUGUUCUGUUCUGUUGUAUGAAAGCAAAUAAGGAUACGAGUACACGAACAAAAUACAACUAGAAUAAGUGCCAAAGUGUAAAAGAAGUUGCCAAAAAAGAAAAGACGACAUAUACGCAUUUAAACAGCAUGUGCAUAAAUGAAGAGCUACAACCAAUUUAAUUUAAACGACGUUGUCGCCGCACCGCCCGCCAUUGCCUACGAGCACGCAGCCGCAACCAGCAGCGAUACAAAUUCCUUGCAACAGAGUCAGCUGCACAGUCACAACCCCCACAGACAGGAUAUGCCGCACUUUGGAUUGGGUAGUGCGCCGCCGCCACAACAGCAGCAACAGCAACUACAAGUGCAUCAUCAACAACAACAACAGCAGCAACAACAACAACAGCAAAUGCAGCUUUCUAUGCUGCCGGUGGCUGUUCCAGGUCCAUAUAGAUCUCACAUUGAGGAGAAGAAGCUGACACGCGACGCCAUGGAGAAAUACAUGCGAGAACGGAAUGACAUGGUAAUAGUCAUACUUCACGCUAAGGUGGCUCAAAAAUCCUAUGGCAAUGAGAAGCGAUUCUUUUGCCCACCGCCUUGCAUUUAUUUAUUUGGCAGUGGGUGGCGUCGACGAUAUGAAGAAAUGCUCCAACAGGGCGAAGGAGAGCAGGGUGCACAACUUUGCGCGUUUAUCGGCAUUGGUAGCAGUGAUCAAGAUAUGCAACAGUUGGAUCUCAAUGGCAAGCAGUACUGUGCCGCCAAGACACUAUUUAUAUCGGACUCAGACAAGCGAAAGCAUUUCAUGCUUUCCGUUAAAAUGUUCUAUGGCAACGGCCACGACAUUGGAGUCUUCAACUCGAAACGUAUUAAGGUCAUUUCAAAACCGUCCAAGAAGAAGCAAUCGCUGAAGAACGCCGACCUAUGCAUAGCAAGUGGCACAAAUGUAGCCCUCUUCAAUCGCCUUCGUUCGCAGACAGUAUCAACCCGCUAUCUCCAUGUUGAGAAUGGGCACUUUCAUGCAUCAUCAACACAAUGGGGCGCAUUUACGAUACAUCUUCUGGAUGACAAUGAGUCAGAAUCGGAGGAGUUUCAGGUGCGUGAUGGCUACAUUCACUACGGAGCUACUGUAAAGCUAGUGUGUUCUGUAACUGGCAUGGCCCUGCCUCGCUUGAUUAUUCGCAAAGUGGACAAGCAAAUGGCGCUGCUUGAGGCUGAUGAUCCCGUCUCGCAGCUGCAUAAGUGCGCAUUCUACAUGAAGGAUACGGAUCGGAUGUAUUUGUGCCUUUCGCAAGAGAAGAUCAUUCAGUUUCAGGCAACGCCGUGUCCAAAGGAGCCCAACAAAGAAAUGAUCAACGACGGUGCCUGCUGGACAAUUAUAUCUACCGAUAAGGCGGAAUAUCAGUUCUACGAGGGCAUGGGCCCCGUUGCAUCUCCAGUUACACCUGUCCCAAUUGUUAACUCGCUGAAUCUCAAUGGAGGUGGCGAUGUCGCCAUGUUAGAACUAAGUGGGGACAAUUUUACGCCACAUUUGCAGGUUUGGUUUGGCGAUGUCGAGGCAGAAACAAUGUAUCGAUGUACGGAAACAUUGCUUUGCGUUGUUCCAGAAAUCUCACAGUUUCGUGGCGAAUGGCUCUGGGUGCGACAGCCAACACAGGUGCCUAUUUCGUUGGUUCGCAAUGAUGGCAUAAUAUAUGCCACUGGCCUCACAUUCACCUAUACCCCGGAGCCGGGUCCACGAUCACACUGUAAUCAGGCUGAGGAUGUAAUGCGAACGCGUCACAAUAACAACAACAUCACAGGUAUCAGCAACAAUAAUAACAACACUAGCAGCUCACCAGCAAGCAGUUCUAGUCUGCAACAGGGAAUGCAACAUCAACAACAGCAGCAGCAGUCACAUCAAACUUUACCCUCUAUCUCGGAAGUGCAAUGGAAUAGUCAUGGGAGUGGCUUGUCUUGAGUCCUGCAUUAUUGCUAUCACCUUCAAUUCAACAUACAUUUAUUUAUGUCUACUUAUUUAAUCAUCUUGUAGCAGAUAUUUAUUUUGUAUAAGCUUUCCUAGUAUAAUGCGCAUCGUUUCAAUAUUCUCUUUUAAAUUUGACGAAUUUUAUUACUAUGGCCUGUUGGUACCAAUAGAUGUGUAAAUGCGAAACAUAAUUGUAAAUAAUAUGUAGUUCUAAAGACCUUACAAACAUGCAAAAUGAACUGUAACGUUAAUUAAAUUUUCAUUUAUAUACAAUAGUGAGGACAUUCGAUAAUAUAGUAUAUGAUUAAGUUGGGUUUAUUUUGCGCAUUAAUUAAGUACACUUUUAGUUUAUUAAAACUAAACUGUAGCCGAAAAUAAUAAACAAUAUAAAAUGACUCUUAUAUCACAUUCCACACAUUAAAGAAGAUUUUCAAUAAUUACCUUAAGUUGAGAGCAAUGUAAAUCCGGCUUUAUAUAUAUAUUUGCAAACGGCAAAGAAUCUAAUUUUGUAAAAAAAAAACUGAAAAACAAUAGCUUUAAGAUCUGAAAGAAAGUCGU